AAACUCCUCCCCUUCGUCGAUUACUUCCCUUCUCCUUCCUCAAUGAUAUUCAUGAACCCGUUAAACAGAGAAUAGGUUUUCAUUCACCUUCGAUCAACAACAAGUCCUUCUCGCCCGCUUUUGGUAUCUUUUGGUAUUGAAUAGCGCUCAGACCUUUUUUUUCCUUUCUUAUCAGACAUCCGAGAUGCCUCGACUACCAUUCGCAAGAAGUUUUUUAUCAGAUAAUACAGGUUCAACAAAAAACAACAAGAUCGCACCCAUACCUUUUGAUAGUCAAACAAAAACACAAGGGCAGCUUCCAAUAGUCGAUGUCGGCCCGCCAUUCCUUUCGCCGCUGAUAUUUGGACCUGAUAACACAUCCACAAAUAGCUUUGACCUUGAUGAAAUAUUUGAGUCUGGGGGUUAUACCAGAGCAGCCUCAACACAAUCUUUGACUUUAUCAUCAAAAGUCCUUGAAAAUACCAGACUACAAGUUGGAGAAUCAGAGGAUAGUUUCCACUGCGGUUCCAGACCACACCUCAAAGAAUCGAAACUAAAUGGCAAUACCCUUUCGAGUUCUGAGCACAGAAGCCAACCUUCAUUGGAGAAUGCAAGAACACAAUCUCCUACAAGCAAUUUAAGCUAUAACGGUCAUCAUUCCAAUUCCUUACCCCAGUCGGAUGAUAAAGAGGUAAGUAUAUGUAUGCUUGACGAAUCUCGCACCGUACAGAACAAUAUAAGCUGACUUCUGACAGUUCUGAUACUUAGCAACGCAUUCGAGGAUUAACUAUAGGUGAAGCUGAG